AUGGCUCGCCGCGCAAAUCCCGGAACUAGCGAGCCCGAAGCUUUUCUCUGCGAGCGAACUCCGACCCUAGACUCAGAGACACUGUCAGAGCACACGAUGGCCGAUUCCGACGAAGAGUACGUCGCCGCAUUCGAUUCCGAGGACCAGGAUGACGAGCUGGCGGACGGCGACGACGACGAUGAGGACGACGCCGAGCUGGACAGCGCGCGCCAGUCCCGCCGCCCCCGGCCCAGUCGCACGCGAGGUGCCCGCGGGAAGCAGAAACAGAAGAAGAAGCAGCGCGAUGCCCACGAGUUCGAAGUCGCCAGGACGUGGGAGACGCUGGUGGAGGGCGCCGACGGCACCAUCAGCGCCACAGUCGACGGCUUGCUCGAAGCUGGCAAGCGGAAGCGGCUACUGAGAGAUACGACGCCGCUGCAGCGCGGCAUCAUUCGGCACCUGAUUCUCGUGCUUGAUCUGUCUAUCGCCAUGUCGGAGAAGGAUCUGCGCCCGACACGCUACCUGCUCGCCCUUCGCUACGCCCAGGAAUUCGUGCUUGAAUACUUCGAGCAGAACCCAAUCUCGCAGCUGGGAAUUAUUGGGAUGCGGGACGGGCUGGCCGUCAGAAUCAGUGAUAUCAGCGGCAAUCCGGCAGAGCACAUCCUGGCCAUGGAGGCCCUCCGGGCGAAAGACCCCAAUGGCCUCCCCAGCUUGCAAAACGCCCUCGAAAUGGCUCGCGGAGCACUCUUGCCCAAGCUAAUCCCCAACAGUCACACUCCCAGCCACGGCACCCGCGAAGUACUGGUGGUCUUUGGUGCUCUCCUAUCCUCCGACCCAGGCGAUAUCCACCAGACGAUAGCGUCCCUGGUCAGCGAUAAAGUUCGCGUUGGUGUUGUUGGCCUUGCCGCCGAAGUCGCCGUAUGUCGAGAGAUCUGUUCAAAGACCAACGGCGGCGACGACAGCGGCUACGGCGUUGUGCUGCACGAGCAGCAUUUCCGUGAGCUCAUGAUGGAAAUCACCACGCCACCCGUGACGUCACAGCAGCAGUCGGCCAAUUCCCUACUGCUGAUGGGAUUUCCAUCGCGCACGGUGGAAUCGGCGCCGACGCUCUGUGCCUGCCACUCGAAGCCAUCGCGCGGAGGCUAUCUCUGCUCCAGAUGCGGCAGCAAAAUCUGCACGCUGCCCGCUGAGUGUCCUGCGUGUGGGCUAACUUUAAUUUUGUCUACACAUCUAGCUCGAUCAUACCACCACCUGUUUCCGCUCAUGAACUGGGUCGAAGUACCCUGGAACCGGGCCUCCAGCAGCAUGAAUUGCUUCGCGUGCGGCAAGCCUUUCCCGCCUGUGCCGCCCCACACGGAGUGGGAAGCUCGUGAGGGCCAGGUCAAGGGGAUGUCUGUGAGCAGCAGAUAUGAGUGCACCGUAUGCCGCAAUCAUUUCUGUAUCGAUUGUGAUGUUUUUUCUCAUGAGAUCGUCCAUAAUUGCCCCGGGUGCCAGAGCGGAUGUACGCAAGCGUAUUCUCCCAACACUCUGCAGGGGGAUCACCAUGCCAAUGGAAAUACUGGGGCGGACGCGAUGGAUACGGGGUAA